AUGGUCAAGCUCCCCCAGAUUACAACAUCCAUAGUUACCGUAUUCUCUAUAAAGAUAGUAUCGGCUACAACUGUUGGAUACUUCGACUCUGAGUCCUGCGUGGAUCCAUCGGGCGUGGCGGAAUGUUACGAGAACGCUGCGGUAGAGUGGUCUAGUUGCGUAAAUGUUACUUGCGCAGGUCAAAAUAUAGACUGUAUCAAUGUUUGUUCUUGUGUACAGACCCAGAAACAGUUGGAUUGUGCUGGUCAGCAUUGUUGGAAUCAGGUUUACAGUUGUGAAUAUCAGCAAACGGCGGGCGACAUAGCAACAAACUGUCUAAAUCCUCAUUUGGACCAAAUCCCGUUUUAUCCUCCGCCAGAUAAUGCACCGGGUUCAUGCUCUUGCAACUUGGGCAAACUUCUAACGUCCUUGUAUCGAACGUCUAAUGAAAUAGAAACUUGUGGUGCCAACGGCGAGGAUAUCGUCGGCCAAUUGACUUCAAAUGACGAGAUUCAGAUAUUCGCACGAGCUUGUACCUGUUGCUCUGAAAGUGCAAUGCUCUCAGCCUUCUGGGCGGUUUGUCCUAACACUGACCCGUCUCUCCUCGGCAUAAAUGAAAUUUACGACUCCUUAAUCGCAAAUGAUAAAGAUUGGGCAACUUGUGCUACAGAUAUGGAUGCUUUUCCUUGCUAUAGUAAGCUUGGAUAUACACCACCAGGCGGUAACUCCUCUGGUACGUUUUAUGAACCCAACGACUUCCCGCAAAAUGGGACAGCAACCACAUCCAACAUAGCUGGAAGCAUCACAACUCCAGUUAGUGGGGCAGUAUAUACAUGGACAUACAACGGAGUCGAGCGCCCGAUCACUGUUGCGAGCGCCGACGCGAAGCCUACAAAUACUGCUGGAGCCAAUAGCUCCGGAAGCGAGGAUAAGAAGAAUAACGCUCCUUCAACGGUACCAGGGUUAUUAUUUAUCAGUUAUGGAUUGGUGCUUCUAGUAGAUAAGAUAUAG